AUGGGCAUAUCGGACAGCUUCAAGACGCAUAUUGGUAUGUCUCCAUAUCAAUUGGUGUUUGUAAAGGCAAGUCAUUUGCCAGUUGAGCUUGAGCAUAAGGCACUUUGGGCAUUGAAGAAGCUAAAUCUUAGUUGGGGUGAAACAACAAACCUGAGAUUGGAUCAGAUCAAUGAGAUGGAUGAGCUCCGUUUGAGAGCAUAUGAGAAGUCUGCACUAUGCAAGAAGAGGAUGAAUUUGUAUCAUGAUAAGCAUAUUGAGAAGAGAACCUUUAAUCCUCGUGACUUUGUGUUACUUGUCAACUCCAGACUUCGUCUACUUUCGGGAAAGUUGAGAUCCAAAUGGUCUGGACCUUUUAAGGUAACUCAGGUGUUCCAGUCGGCUAUUGAUCUUGAAUAUUAUAAGGGCGAGAGGUUCAAGGCCAAUGGCCAGUGA